AUGUCGAGUGCUCGUAAGGUUUAUGUGACCAGGUUGGUGCCACAGACCGGCAUAGACAUCCUGAAACCGGAAUGUGAUCUGUCAUUUUGGGAGUCGGACGAAGCUAUUCCACAAGACGAGUUACUGAAAAAUGUGAAAGGAAUUGACGGUUUGUUUUGUAUGUUAACUGAUAAUAUUAACAAGGACGUGAUAGAUGCUGCAGGGCCUAACUUAAAGGUGAUAGCCACAAUGUCUGUUGGCUAUGAGCAUAUAGAUUUAGUCGAAUGUAAGAAACGUGGUAUCGUAGUAGCUAAUACUCCAAAUGUUUCCACUGAUAGUGUUGCUGAAUUAACUGUAUCAUUAUUGUUGCUGACUUCCAGGCGACUUCUCGAAGGAGUGCGAGCAGUGAAAAAUGGUGAAUGGGGACUAUGGAAACCAAUGUGGUUAUUAGGAACCGAGCUGACUCAGCGUACAGUAGGAAUACUGGGUCUUGGACGAAUUGGUUAUGGUGUGGCUCGUAGACUACGUCCGUUUGGAGUUCGUAAAAUUAUCUACCAUGACGUUGUUUGUGUGAGCUACGCUUCCGACAUUGGAGCUGAUUUUGUAUCAUUUGAUGAACUCGUAAAGCAGUCUGAUUUUAUCUGUAUUUGUUGUAAUCUCACUGCCCAGACCAGACAUAAGUUUAAUAAAGAUGCUUUCAAGAUGAUGAAAAAGUCGGCCAUUUUGAUAAAUAGUGGUCGAGGUGGAGUAGUAAACCAUGACGAUUUGCACGAGGCUUUAGUCAAUGGUGAGAUAACUGCCGCUGGUAUUGACGUCACUGAACCAGAACCACUUCCAGCAUCUCAUCCACUAGUCUCUAUUCCAAACUGCAUCGUGCUGCCACACAUGGGCAGUAACACAUGGGAAUCAAGAAACAGUAUGUCAUCCACAGCUGCAAAAAAUAUAUUAGCUGUUUUUCAUAAAGAGAAACCCAUGGGAGAAGUUAACUAA